AUGCCGGGGGUAGCAACAGCAAACAGCACAACCUCAGGUCCCUUUGUUCUCCCCGCACCCACUGCGGGAAACCCCGCCGGAGCCCACGGAAAAAAACCCGCUGUUGACGGAACUAGCACGCUUUCAGUGGGUCCCUACAUCACAAUGGUGGAAGUGCAGGCCUUGCUGACACGGCAGAAAGCCCUUCUUACCAAAGAAAAGGCAAAGAUGAUUAUGCCCUCACUUCCAAACCCGGACAUCCGGCCCCCGUACCCUGUCACAAUCCUAUUAUUGCCCUAUCCGGAAGGGUACACUCCACCAAAGUUUGUAAAAUUCGAUGGUAAGGAAGGCAGCGCACAGGAACAUGUGGUUCGUUUCAUUGAGUCCCUUAGGGCCCAUGCAUUGGAUACCAACUUGCGUCUCCGUGAGUUCUCAAAGUCUCUCACCUCCCGCGCGUACAUGUGGUACGUCAACUUGGAGCCCUAUUCGAUAGCCACUUGGGAAGAAAUGGUGAACAACUUCUACGCCAAAUUUUUCCAAGUCCUCGAGAAGGUGACCGUGAUAAGUCUUACAAAGGAAAUUCAAACGGGCGGAGAAGAUGUAGUCAAUUACAUUAAGCGAUUUCAGGAUUACGCGGUUGAUUGUACUGAGUCAGUCAAGAAAAUGCAGCUUGUCGAAAUCUGCAUUGGUGGAAUGAUGGAUGAGUGUAAGAUGUUACUUGUAAACUUGAAGUUGGGAACUUUCUCUGCUCUCUUAGAAUCCGCGUACAACAUCCGCCACGUGGUCAAGCCGGCUAGGAAGGAAAGCUAG